ACAGUGUCCCUGUAUCAACAGUGGAGAGUUCACUUUUUAAAAGUUUCGCGGAAAUCUUGAUAUUGUCGUGCGAUGUCGUCUCCAUUUGUCUUGACAUUGUUGUGUUCUAUCGUGGCCGUGGCUCUCCUUUGUCCUGUAGACGCCGGGUCAGGUCAUUUUCUGGUUGCUUCUGCCUCAUCUAACAUCAUAGAUACUCGCGAAGAGCAGUGGGCCGAUGACAUGUCUUUCUCUGAUGACGACUCUGCGUUCCGGACUGCAGAUGAACUGGAGAUGCUGAACAACAAGCUGCGCAGUCUACGGGAACUGCUUGAGUUAGAAACUCGCGGUGUUCAAACGGAAAUUGAGAAGUUACUGUCUGGUUUUAAAGGUGUCAAACUGACAGGAAACGGUGACAUCCCUACCAAGCCGUUCCUAGAUGCCUGCCGUCGCAUGGUACCUUUCUUUGAUCUUCUCGGAGAAACGGCUUUUGCACCUGUAAAAUCGGACAUAAACGGAAACAUCCUCAAGUUGACUAAGAAAUACUCCACCGACCCGGACCGCUUCUCCACUUUACAAGACAUCGUCAAACAGGAAAUGGCUGAGAAAACUACAAAGGCUAAAAACUCGGCCACUGACGCCCUCUUGUGGUUGAGAAGGGCUCUGGAGUUCCCUCAACAUUUUUUGGCAGGGAUCGCAGAAGGUGAGACUGACCUGGUUAAAGUUGCAAAAGCUGCGUAUGAAAGAUCAUUGAAGAAAUACCACGGUUGGAUGGUGCAAAGUAUCUUUUCUCUUGCAAUGAAAGCGGUUCCGUACUACCACGACUUCGUAAUGAAAGUGGCGUCAGGCGAUGAAAAGGCGAUGAUUCGGGAUGCAAAAACCUACGCGGAUAAACUUGGAAUCCUGACAAAAGCUCUGCAAGAUUUUUAUACGGCUAACAAUCUAUAAGAAAACAAAAAAGAAAACAAAAAAAAAGUCUAGAAAUAUGUUAGUACGUUGGGACACGUUGAUUUGAUUAUAUAGAUAUCAUCCUCUGGGAGGAUGACACGAACUGACACGAGCGUACAAAUAAAGAAAAGCCCCCCCCCCCCCAUUGCCUUCAAUAGGAAUAGAAGCUGAUGGUCACAAAGGCUGAAAAAUUAUAUAACACACAUAAUAUGGUGUGCCGAACAAUAUAUUCUCGUUUUCAUUCUUUCGCAUCUUUCUUCUUUGACCUUGGAAUUGACAAUAGCAUUCUAUGACUUCAGUAGCUUUUUUCCGAUAUUUUUGUGCAUUCCACGGCUCAUUUGAAGCUACUUUGCACGAUUUAAACUAUGGUUGAAAACCUUUUUUCUUCGGAAAUGACCGAGAAAUAAUGCACGCCUGGAUGUCAUCCAUAUAAUCAAACCAACGUGGAUAUUGCUUCGUAUUGGGUGAAAUUGUGCACAUGUAUAUUUUUUGUGGGGGCAAAAGCACUUUUACUGUUGUUAAAGAUUACUGGGUUUUGUGGUGAAACUGUGCACAUGUAUCUUUUUUGUGGGGGCAAAAGCACGUUUAAUGUUGUUAAAGAUUACUGAGUAUUGUGGUGAAACUGUGCACAUGUAUCUUUUUUGUGGGGGCAAAAGCACUUUUACUGUUGUUAAAGAUUACUGAGUUUUGUGGUGAAACUGUGCACAUGUAUAUUUUUUGUGGGGGCAAAAGCACUUUUACUGUUGUUAAAGAUUACUGAGUUUUGUGGUGAAACUGUGCACAUGUAUAUUUUUUGUGGGGGCAAAAGCACUUUUACUGUUGUUAAAGAUUACUGAGUUUUGUGGUGAUGAUUAGUACUAAGAAUGUUAAAUGAGGUAUAAGAGGAAAAUGUUUUUAGUUUUGACAGUAGACUUGGCUGAACACUUAUGAGGGCAUUCAAUACUCUAAAAGUACUAAUAUUCAGUAUUCAUUAUUACGUUUUUAGCAUUCCAUUAUAGUAUUAGGUAUUUAGCAUGUCAUGAAUUUGUUUGGUGAAAGCAUGGAAAUUCAUGUUUGUUAAUGUAGUUAACAUUUUCUUCAAAAACAUUCUUAAAAAUUGUGCUAGAAAUGUUUCAAAUAUCCCACAGAAGGUUUCAGUAACCUAUCAUCGAGAUCACGUGACACGUGACGUCGCCAAUUGUGCUGUUUUACCGACAAUAGCAGCCUAAUCUUUCUCAUUGACGCUGUCAUGUUUGGUUUGAAGCUUUCAUAGUUCCAGUUGAACUGUGUUUCUUUUUCAUUGCACAUUAUCAUAUCAUUAGUUGGAAUUAUGUCUGAAAUAAGAGUUAUUUAUUUCUGCAGCACACAUUCACGCCUACGUAAAAACUGCACGCCAUAUAAGAAGGCGUUCACACUGUUUAUGUAUAUUCAAAUUCGUAUGGGUUACGUAUCGACAUUUAUUUGCAGCGGUGAAAAUGUCUUUUGAUUUGAUCUACCUUUAUGCCACCUGGUUAUCCAAUAUAAAAACUAUUUCUUCGACCUCAAACUUUACAUGAGCUCAAAUACUAGUAAUGCAAAACCCAUUAAGACUUGAAUGUACGCAGAAAGUCAUUUCCAGAUGUGGCGGCCAUCUUGGAUUUUCCGGGUCAUACACUAAAACGAGGCUGGAACGGGUCAUAAGACCAUUUCAGGCGAUAUUAUUUGAUACUGCUCCCUUGCAUAUUGUCACAAAGCUACAUAUUGUAUCUCAUCACAUUUGCCAUAGACCAUGCAAUUAUAAUAAAUUCGGAGAUGGGAUGA